AUGGAGGAACCCUCCGGUCCAGAGACCUGGGCCCUCAUGGCCGACACGGAGAUCAAGGCUCUCAGGAAGAGCUACGAGGAGCUAAUGCACAAACUCCGUAGCUAUAAGGAGCAGAAGAAGGUCAAGAAACCACCAAGACUCCAGACCCCAAGACGCAGAGAGGUGGAGGUGGUCCUCAGCUCCUCAGCUCCUCCAGCGAGGACGCCACGAAACCACCGGGCCGAACCGACUCUCAACCAGCGCCUGCAGGAGGCGAGCUACCUCCUGCAGCAGGAAAUGCAGAUGAGGUGGAUGGCAGAGAACAACAGAGCCGUGGACCGGAGCAAGCUGCAGGAGACGCAGAAAACCCUGAAGGUGGAGCGGAGGUGGAGACUGCAGUGUGAGGAGGAGGUGCAGAGGCUCAACAAACACAUCAGGAACAUGAAGGAAGAGACAAACUCCAUCCUCCAUCUAGAGGAAGAGACAAACUCCAUCCUCCAUCUAGAGGAAGAGACAAACUCCAUCCUCCAUCUAGAGGAAGAGACAAACUCAGACCUCCAUCUAGAGGAAGAGACAAACUCCAUCCUCAAACUGGAGGAAGAGACACACUACAACCUCCAUCUAGAGGAUCAGACAAACUACAACCUCCAUCUAGAGGAAGAGACAAACUCCAUCCUCCAUCUAGAGGAUCAGACAAACUCAGAUCUCCAUCUAGAGGAUCAGACAAACUCAGACCUCCAUCUAGAGGAAGAGACAAACUACAACUUCCAUCGAGAGGAUCAGAAAAACUACAACUUCCAUCUAGAGGAUCAAAAAAACUACAACCUCCAUCAAGAGGAUCAGACAAACUCCAACCUCCAUCUAGAGGAAGAGACAAACUCCAUCCUCCAUCUAGAGGAUCAGACAAACUCCAUCCUCCAUCUAGAGGAUCAGAAAAACUACAACCUCCAUCUAGAGGAAGAGACAAACUCCAUCCUCCAUCUAGAGGAUCAGACAAACUCCAUCCUCCAUCUAGAGGAUCAGACAAACUCCAUCCUCCAUCUAGAGGAUCAGAAAAACUACAACCUCCAUCUAGAGGAAGAGACAAACUCCAACCUCCAUCUAGAGGAUCAGACAAACUACAACCUCCAUCUAGAGGAUCAGAAAAACUACAACCUCCAUCUAGAGGAUCAGACAAACUCCAUCCUCCAUCUAGAGGAUCAGACAAACUACAACCUCCAUCUAGAGGAUCAGAAAAACUACAACCUCCAUCUAGAGGAUCAGACAAACUACAACCUCCAUCUAGAGGAUCAGACAAACUACAACCUCCAUCUAGAGGAUCAGAAAAACUACAACCUCCAUCUAGAGGAUCAGACAAACUACAACCUCCAUCUAGAGGAUCAGACAAACUACAACCUCCAUCUAGAGGAUCAGAAAAACUACAACCUCCAUCUAGAGGAUCAGAAAAACUACAACCUCCAUCUAGAGGAUCAAAAAAACUACAACCUCCAUCUAGAGGAUCAGAAAAACUACAACUUCCAUCUAGAGGAUCAAAAAAACUACAACCUCCAUCUUGAGGUUCUGACAAACUCCAUCCUCACAGUGUUGUCUUAA